GACAAAGGUUAAGUUGUACAAGUAUAAUGAAAAUAAUUUAAAAACUUAAAUUAUUUUCCACUCUACAAUUAAUAGAAUUAACAAUGUUAAUUAGCCGACAUCUGUGAGAAAAUCUAGCGCAAAAAUGUCUGUAUUUUCAAAACUAAAAGGUUUCCUGUCGAGACACAGAAACAAAUUUUUAAUAGGAGGCGUUUUGAUAACAGGAACCGUUUUUUUGGCAAGGUAUACCCGCAAAAGCCUGCGAGACUGGCAAGAAAAAGAAACGCGAGAAUUUUUCGAUAGAACCCGUAAACAGAACCACUUCGAGAGCAUAAACCGUACCUGUAACGAAACCGUUAUAAAUUUGUCAUCGUCGUUGCUGGACAAAAUUUACGAGACCAUCAACACUGACCAAACUAUUGAGAAACUGAAACAAAACCCAGAAAACAAACUGGAAAUUUGGGUUGAAUUAAAAAACCAAGUCUUUAUUAAAGCAGCUUGCGUGGUUUACUCUCUAGUAAUGCUUGUAAUCACUUUAAAGUUGCAAUUAAAUAUUAUAGGAGGAUACCUGUAUAAAGACCCUACAAGUGUCCCCGCAGAAAUGCAACAAAAAUACUUAUCUAUUUGUCAAAAUUUUUUGAAUGCUGGAAUAGAAAAAUUAGCCAAAAUAAUUGAAGCAGAAGUUGAUAAGCUUUUAAAAAAUAUUGAUUUAAAAAAGCAAAUGAAAUUAAGUGAUUUAGAGGCGAUUUUUUGGUCAUUGCAAAGCAGUUUGGAUGCCAGACAAGAUAACCCAAUAAGCCAAUUAAGAAAGUACAUUUUCGAAACAGAUCCUCCUAGUUCUCCUGACAUUUACACUAGCAUGCUAAGAGACACUGCAGAUCUUCUAGAAAGCGAAGAAGUCAAAUUUUUAGUAAUUCAUCAAAUAAAUACAGGGUUUGUGCUAUUGGGAGAUCAGUUGUCUGAGUUUUUCAACCAAAACGAACCUCCUAGUGGGGAGCAAUUUCAAAAUCCCUUUACCAAUAAGAAGCCUCUGGCCAAAUUGGUACCGAUUUUGAAUGGUUUAUUGUCCAAACAAUCUUUGCCUCAUAACUUGACAAACCAUUUAAUUACUAAUGAAAAGUUGCAAACGUUGUGCGCUAAUGUUUAUGAGAGUUUGUUGGGGUAGAAAUUUUAUAUUUUUUUGGUUUUUGUUGGCUGUUGUUUUUUAAAUUAUAAUUAAGGAUUAAUUUUUAAUAUAUCAUUGUGCUCUAA